ACCGAAGCAAAUCUUGUGACUUGUUUAUAACAAAACGAACUAACUUGCGGCCCUUAGUAGGCCUUCCGUCGGCCAGCCUGGGUGACUAGAGAAAAUCCUGCCCAGGUCGCGACACCGGUGCUAUCCAGGAAGAGGUAACCUAACGCUGUGUCUACCUCUCCCAUUAAGCAUACCCAAGGCGCCAUGGCUGGAGGAAAGCUGGUCUCGCGACUGAAAUUUCUCUUCAGCAGUAAGCAUUCCGCCUCGAAGAGUUUAGAGAGUCCGAAAGACAACGCCAAACAAGAUGAACCGUACAUCCUGGAUGCCCAAUCCGCACCAGUUUCUUCGAAUACAGAACCACGACCUGGUCAACAGAUUGCGGUCGCUGAAGGUGCUCCAAUUGUUCCAGUUGCCGGAACAGACUCUACCGCCAAAAAAACCUCUUCGCCGAAGGACGAUGCCACUGUUCUACCCGUGUCCGAGGAAGCCUACGACCAAACUCAUGGUGCCUCAUCUCUAGGCAGUACCGACGCCCCUAUCCUCCAUCCACAGCCUCAGGGUCCGCUUGCAGAGCCUCUUCCAAAGACGGCCGCGUCCGGAACACCCUCGCUCGGCGGAGAUACCUUAGAAGAAGCGGGAAAUUCGAGCCAAGUUCCACCGUCUGCGAAGACAACUUCCAGUGAUCGUAAGCUGUGGGACAAGGCCAUAGACCAGCUGCAGAAGUCUAAAGAAGACCCCAAUAUCGUGGCCGUCGUCAAUGAAUUCACAGUGAAGGUAGCCAACAGCAACGCUGCGGAAAACAGCCCUAGCCCAAAGGACUUCGCCAAGGAUAUCAAGAAGGAAAUGGAGCUGGAAAUCAAGGGACAACCUAAUAACAGCAAAACACAUCACUUUGUCGAAAAGACUAUCUCAAUCCUGAACAAGUUUGUUUCCGUGGGCGAUGUUGCUGUCACAUUCGAUCCUGUUCAUGCUGCUCUGCCAUGGGCUGCUGUCCGCUUUGUUCUCCAGAUCUUGACAGCCAGCAGUGAGCUGAGAACGCAACUCCUCGGCGGUAUUGCCAAGGUUACCUCGCUAGUCUUGCAGUGCGGCAUAUACCAGGAAUUAUACAUGGGUCCUAAUUUCACCCUCCGGCCGCUAGAAGACUCGUUGGUCGAUCUAGAAACAUCUAUAGUCCGAGCCUACGCCAAAUCGCAGCUCUUUCUCGGCUUCGCAAUCCAGCGCCAACGGAGUUGGAGCAAGGCGUUAAAUGCUCCCUUCAAGCUUGACGAUGUGUCGAAGUAUGUAGAGCGUCUAGUGGAGAGCGGAGACCAACUUGCGCUUGCUGCAGAUAAUUGCGAGAAACAAUGCAGCUAUUUGAAUCGGGCAGCAGUCAAGAACCUGCGAGACCUCGCAAAAGAGUCCCGCCAGGCCAUCGGCAGCGUAUUGAAUACAUUGAUUCAGGUAGAUAAACAACUCAACCAGAUCGCCACCAGAGACGAAAUGAGGCAGAUGUUUCAGGAGUACCAGGCGCCUUCUCAGGCGCCUUCCAAGGCGCGGGCUGCCAUAUUCAUGGUGGAUUUCGAUCGCGACACUAAGUCUCUCGUAUCGCGAGAAAACAUCUAUGACAGUAUCUCACGAGGCUUCGGCUCAGGAAACCACGUCGCUCUGUGGGGCCUUGGUGGCGUUGGAAAGUCCCGAAUCGCUAUCGAAUUUCUCUAUCGGACAGCGAAUGACGAUCCCGGACAGUCUAUUUAUUGGGUUUCCGCUGCCAGCUCCUCCCGCUUUCUCGACUCCUUGCGUAGCAUCAUGAGGUGGAUUCCAGAGGAAACACUCGAGAAACUCGAAAAGUUCAACACCUCCACCGUAGGCGACACCAAGAUUUUGGACGUCCCCCAGUUGAUCAACGACUGGUUAUCACAUCCUCAGAGCGGCCCUUGGCUGCUUAUCCUCGAUAAUGCAGACACCGCGGAGAUAUUUGAAAAAGACGAGUCGCAGAAACACCCAUAUAUCUGGUAUAUCCCCAAAUCGAGAGGUCGCGUACUAAUGACUACGCGGAGUCGUGGUAUCGCUGAACGGCUUGUCAACCAAGAUUCGGGCGUGAUCCACGUCCCGCUCAUGUCAACCACUGAAGCCGUUGACCUGUUCAAAUCGAGCCUCCCGAACGACACGACCCCAGUUUCAAAGGUGGAAGAUCUCGCCAAAGCCCUUGACUUCCUUCCCCUGGCCAUCAUGCAGGCUGUCGCAUACAUCCGCUCUUUCAAGCCUUUGAUGAGCAUCGGGGGAUACCUGACCCUGUUCCAGAAGACCGAGGCAGAGGAAGAGCGGCUUCUGCAAAGAGAUUUCUCCGACGCAGUUAGGGACCCGGAUGAUCUGACGAAUGCAGUCAUUAUUACUUGGCAACUCAACUUCGGCCAGAUAGUACACUAUGGACACGCCACGACCGGUGUCAUUUCCUACCUUGCUGUACUCGAUCGAGAAACUAUACCGAUGUUCCUCCUGACGGCCAUCUGGACCCAGAAUGAUCUAGUUGAAGAUGUUGGACUGCUUGUCCAGUAUUCAUUCAUUUUCGAAGCAGCAUCUCCUGCCCAGGCACCCGAGGAGAACAUGUGGAGCAUCCAUCGCCUGGUCCACCGCACAAUGAGAAUCUGGUUGCGCAACGGAGGGCAAGAAGAGCACUGGCAACAGAAAGCGGUAGAAGUACUCAGCAACACAUUCUCGGCUGCGAUCCAUGCCAGGAUAUGGUGGCAAGCGCGGCUUUUACUUCCCCACGUCCGGUUGGCCCUAUCAUACCCGGCAGCUUCGAGCGCUGCGACUUCAACACUUCGAGAAAUGGUUGCCGAGUUUGAGCGUCCUAGGUGGCUUUCGAUAGGUAGGGAGACAUCCGAGUCCGCGGCAAUCCAGGCAAGGCAAAACGAUAUCGAAGGAUCGUUCAAAUGGCUAUUCAACCAGGAGCAAUUUGUCAGUUGGCUGCACGGUGGGCUUCCGAUGCUAUUCCUUCUCGGUGAGCGGGGAAGUGGAAAGACAGCGCUAUGUUCCCGCGUAGUCAGAUAUCUCUCCGACCCGAACAAUAGUGCGGACGGAGCUCACGUUCUGUAUUAUUUCACCACGUCAAAAUCGGCGAAUCAGUUCUCAGACUGUUUGCAGACUCUUCUUCAUCAACUCUGGGCUGAUAGGGAAGAUAUUCCAGAUGAUGUUCGCUUUGUCUUGGCCGCCAUCUCGGCGCCACAAGAAACCCCCACGACGCAAUCCCUAAUUUCAACACUGUGCCUGGCCUUGGACCGCACUGCUGAGGAUGUGUAUAUCAUCCUUGACGGAAUCCCCGGCUCCGACCUGCAACAAACGCUUCCGUUUUUUCAAUCGCUGAAGGCCGACAGGCGGCGCAUUAUGAUCGCCAGCCGUCCCUUCCCGAUGUUCGAGUUCAUCCAACCUCAUGCGCAGAUAAGAAUUGACGACUUCACGAACUUCGACUUCGAAAUUCUUAUAUCAAAUCGGCUAAAGAAUAUAAACAUGCCGGAUGAGAUUAGGCAUAGAAUAACGGAGCGAUUGUUAUACUCCGCAGAAGGAAGCAUUCUAUGGCUCAAGCUUGUAUUGAAAGUUAUCGAAAAAGAGCUUCAGAGUGGAUCAAGUUUCCAUAAAUUAGAAGAAGCAAUAGCUUCCACGCCGAGAAGCCUUGACGCCCUCUAUAACCACGCCUUGGAUCGCAUAGAAGACCUCGAGCGAAAUCAAGCAGAGAAUAUCUUCGCGUGGCUUGCGUUCACCUUCCGGCCGCUCAGCUGUGAAGAAUUUAUCGAGGCGUUAGCCCCGCAAGACUCACACUCGGGCGAAAAUCUCGUCCCGGAACGUCUCGAGGCCGUAGCCGACCGAUUGGUCGCUUCUGUUUCCAGCUUGGUAGAGGUUAGGGACGGGAUAGUGCAGCUGGCUCAUCCAACCGUACGAGAGUUUCUCCUGUACGAACCGUCCCGCCUAGGCCUCAGCGAGCAACUUGCCCACACGCGAAUUCUAUCCACAUGUUUCAAGACCCUAUUGGACGAACCUGACGUCACGAGACCGCAUUUUCUCGGCUACGCCGCGAAGUACUGGACAAAACAUCUAGAAGCCGUAGUCCAGAUACUAGGGGGGAGUGACUCUCUCCCUCCAGACACCGUAAAUGCUUGGAAGAAGUUAUUCAAUGUUACUCAACCCCGGUUUUUCCUGCGUUGGGUUCGUUAUUACGAUCCGCUGGACCCUGAAGCUGACCCGAGCCAGCGGCUCGCUCGCACACUCGAGGAUUUUCCUUCACAGAAAACGUAUAUGGAAACCAUAAGCACGGAUGUCAGGGCUGCGAUCGAGGCAGAGGAGCAACUAGGGAGAAAAGAAGAAGAAGGAGAAGAGACAGAGAGGUUGUCUUGAAUAUAUAUAAUAGUAUAUGUCAGGUAACUAGUAAGCCUGUGCUAAGCAUGUGACUGGGGAUUUCUAUCAGGUUUGUUGCAAUGUUUUGGAGGUUGACGGCUUAAUUUUUCAGCUCACGCGGGGUAAGCACUCUAUAUAUACAUCCGGUAUAUAAACUACAGUGUACCAGCGUACACUCAGUUCCAACAAGGUUCGUCACAUAAAGUACAUUAUACUCUAAAAACUCUGACUCUAACUUAUAUACCUAUGUAUUAAAUAAUUAUCUACGACCGC